AUGGACCUCAAGCCAUCGCUUUGGUCAGGGGUAGUAGCUAUUUGCCUGUGGUGUUCAUUCAAAGUAGCACUGAGAUGGCGAAAAGCUGUUGUGGCAGUUGGCAACCAUUCAGGCUUUCGAACAUUAUUCUCUCAAAAUUCCAUCGUUUCGUCCGUGCUUCCUCGAAUAAAGGGCAUAGCUAUCGGCUCUCGUGGUUUCAAUCGUAAAUAUCGUGCCUACCAGGGGUUUGGAUGGGAUGUCAUCACAAACAUAUCGAUGUUUCCAGCCGGGAAGGAAAUCACGGUCUCUGUCGCGGACGCGACAGUGGCCAAGGAAAUUCUAACAUCGCGUACAAGGUUCCCGAAACCUCUCGAGAUGUACGGCGUUUUAUCGUUUUUCGGUCCAAAUAUUGUUGUUUCAGAGGGUGAUAAUUGGCGGAGAUAUCGGAAACUCACGUCUCCCUCAUUCUCUGAUGAAAACAACAGGUUGGUAUGGAACGAGUCGAUCAAAAUCGUGAUGGAUUUAUUCGAAAACGUAUGGGGUCAACAAGAUGCGAUUCACCUGGACCAUCCGUUAGAUAUAACAUUUCCUACUGCACUAUACGUUAUUAGUGUUGCUGGAUUCGGAAGGCGGAUAUCAUGGGCAGACGAUCAAGUCGUUCCACCAGGUCAUCAGCUGACAUUCAAGGAUGCGCUUGAUACAGUCAGCCAUAACACCUUCGUCAAACUCGUACUCCCGGACCUCCUUCUACGUACUACCCAACGAUUCCGCAAGGCAAAAUUGGCAUUCGACGAAAUUGAGAAAUACAUGGUCGAGAUGAUCGAGAAUCGAAAGGCGGGAAGAGACAACGGCGAAGGACAGUACGAUUUAUUCACCAGCCUUGUAGAUGCUGGAGAUACCGAGAAGAACCUUGAAGUGUCGUUGACGGAUACAGAAGUUAUGGGUAAUGUGUUUAUUUUCCUCCUGGCGGGACAUGAGACGACAGCACAAACCCUUUGUUUCUCGCUUCUAUUGCUUGCGCUAUAUAAAGACGAACAGGAGCUUCUUUACGAAGAGGUCAAGUCUGUUUAUGCUGAUGGUAAGACUCCGACAUACAACAAAAUGCCACAGCUCGCUAGGACAAUGGCGGUCCUAUACGAAGCCCUUCGCAUGUUUCCUCCAUCCCUCAGCAUACCCAAGUACUGUGCAGAGGACACAACCCUUGUCACCGAAAACACAUCGGGCGAACGAAAAGUGAUCCAUGUGCCUAACGGUUCCGCCAUCUUCAUCGAUGUCCUUGGUAUGCACUACAAUCCACGUUAUUGGAAAGACCCUGAAGAAUUCAAACCGUCCCGGUUUUUGGGCAAUUGGCCUCGAGACGCGUUUCUUCCGUUUAGUCUGGGCGGUAGAUCUUGCCUAGGACGGAAGUUCUUCGAAACGGAAGCUGUCGCGAUACUUUCUAUGCUAGUAUCGCGGUAUAGGGUUGAGCUUAAAGAUGAUGCGGAGGCGUUCUCGCCGGAUAAGAAAGCACGAGUACUUGCAACCAAGCAGGUCUUGACAUUGUCGUGA